CAUAUCUCAACUUAACAUGGGUAUGGGACCUACCUUCGUACCCCUGAUAGAUCCGACAGCAGCAGCCCUCAUCCCCUCGCUUGCACUCCUCGGACCGUUGCUCUUACCUGCCUCCCUCCUCCGAGCCGUCCUCCCUUCUCUCACUUCGACAGCUUCAUACUGGGUUCUCGCCGAUGACGAAACGGACUUGAUAUCGGUUCUCAACGAAGGUGCAGAGAAAGUCAUACUGUCACCGUUUCAACUUUCCCUGGUAGCGUCUGUCCCCAGUCACAGGUUGAUACUCCAUCUGUUAAAUAUCGACGACACUCUCGAUCUAUCCUCUGUCUCGGGUGUAUAUAUCGACCAGGAUUCUACUCUCUCUGCCGAUGAGACUGGCUUAAAAGGAAAACAAGUCUACCUAUCUGGUGCAUCUAUCUCUUCCGACACACUACUGGACCGCCUCAGAGACACAAAAGUAACAUACAUCAUCCCCACUUCUAAACUCACAACCGGUCCAACCACCUUCACUCAUCUUUCCAUUCCUGAAGCAUUCCUUGCUCCUCUCACUUCUGACAGACCAGAUGGUUUAUUUCCUACUAUCGUAUCAACCACAUCUUCAUCACCUCUCGGUCUUGUUUAUUCCUCCGCCGUUAGCGUGACCGAAGCCAUCGUUACUCAAAAAGGAAUCUAUCAAUCCCGUAAACAUGGUCUAUGGCGUAAAGGCGAAACUUCGGGUGCUGUUCAAGAUGUCAUUUCCAUCCGAGCGGAUUGCGAUUCUGACUCUUUGUUGUUUACUGUGGUUCAGCAUGGAGAAGGGUUCUGUCAUUUACCCCAAUCGACCUGCUUUGGAUCUCUGAACGGUGUGGAACGACUUCAAAGUACGUUAGAAAGAAGAUUAAGAGAUGCGCCUGAAGGAAGCUAUACAAAGAGAUUGUUUGACGACGAAGAGUUGUUGAGGAGUAAGAUAAUGGAAGAAGCGGAAGAAUUGUGUGAAGCGGAGGAGAAAGAAGAGGUAGCUUUCGAAAUGGCGGAUUUGGUCUUUUUCGCUUUGACCAGAUGUGUCAGUAAAGGUGUGAAAUGGGAGGACGUGGAAAGGGCUCUGGACAGGAAGUCUUUGAAAGUGACGAGGAGGAAAGGUGAUGCCAAACCUAAAUGGGUGGAAAAGAUCACUUCUGCUUUAUCCGUUACCAAGUCUACUCCUUCUGAAUCUCCUACACUUGUAUCCACCUCCACAGCGACAAAAUCCCCAACACCCGUCAAGUUGGACGGCUCAAAUGAAGAGUUCGACGAGAAAAUACAAAUGCGUACUGUCACGUUAUCCACCAUUCCAGAAUCCGAACGCUCCUCCCUUCUCCUUCGUCCUGUUCUCAACUCACUCGCCAUGAUCGAUAAAGUUCGCCCCAUCGUCGAGAGAGUUCGUAAAGAAGGUGAUGCAGGAUUACUCUCCCUUACCUAUCAAUUCGAUCGAGCUCAACUCACCUCUAAUGUCCUCCUUCCACCUUAUCCAAUCCCACAAAUCUCAGACCUUCCCAUCGACGUCCGAACCGCCAUCGAUAUAGCUUAUUCCAACGUCCGGAAAUUUCACGAAGCUCAGGCGGAGAAAGGACCUCUGAUAGUUCAUACCAUGCCAGGAGUCGUUUGUUCCCGUUUCGCUCGACCUAUCGCAAGAGUAGGGAUUUACGUUCCGGGUGGUACUGCCAUUUUACCUUCCACAGCUAUCAUGUUGGGUGUUCCAGCUCAAGUAGCGGGGUGUAAAGAAAUAGUACUUGCUACUCCACCCCGACCGGAUGGUUCGAUUUCGCCAGAGGUGCUGUAUGUGGCGAGAUUGACAGGUGUUACUUGUAUUUUGAAAGCGGGUGGUGCACAGGCUGUGGCGGCUAUGGCUUAUGGAACGAAGGAGGUCCCGAAGGUUGAUAAGAUCUUCGGACCGGGUAAUCAAUGGGUCACAGCGGCGAAAAUGUUGGUUCAGAAUGAUACGGAUGCUUUGGUGGGCAUAGAUAUGCCAGCGGGGCCCAGUGAGGUUUUGGUAAUAGCAGACCAAUCUUCUAACCCCACUUUCGUCGCUUCUGACCUCCUAUCCCAAGCAGAACACGGCGUAGACUCUCAAGUCGUCCUCGUGGCUGUAUCUCUCUCCGACGAUCAUCUAGCUGCUAUCGAAACAGCCGUGGACGAACAAGCUCGGGCUUUACCAAGAGUCAACAUUGCCAAGGAGGCGAUCAAGAAAAGUUUGAUAAUUCGUGUGGACAACUUGGAAGAAGGAAUGAGAUUCUCGAAUGAAUACGCCCCAGAACAUUUAAUCUUGCAUUUGGAUAAUGCCAAGGAUGUGGUGGAUUUGGUAGAUAAUGCUGGGAGUGUUUUUGUGGGUGCUUGGUCACCGGAAUCAUGUGGUGAUUAUGCUUCCGGGACGAACCACACUCUUCCCACUAAUGGCUACGCUCGUCAAUUCUCAGGUGUAAACACGCUUUCUUUCCAGAAACAUAUUACGGCUCAGGAACUUACCUCUGCUGGGUUGGAAGAGUUGGGACCUACGGUGGUGAAAUUAGCAGAGAGGGAAGGAUUGGAAGGUCAUGCGAAUGCGGUGAGGGUGAGAUUGGCCGCUUUGGGAAAGAAGAAUUGAGAUUUUGGUUGUUUUGAUUAUUCCCCUCAUCCGUUACGGCUAUUUUCUUGCCUAUCUCCUCUGAUCAUUCCCUCUUGUCCUUCACCUACUCUUUGUCUAGCGCCAAUCAUCGAUCUUUACACUACUCCUACACUACUCUACUGUCAUCAUCAAUCUUUCAUUCGUACUCACUCUCCUUCGGCUAGAUGAGACCGUGAUAUUUGAGUCCGUAUCAAAAGUACAUCCACCCCCCUUAAUUUAGAUCCAGUACAUAGACUGAUAGAUGCUUAUCUCCUUCCCUCCCUCCU